AUGCGCUCUCUCCUGCCAAGUCACUGCAUCACUACACACCCACACGCACGCAUAGAGAAAUGCGUUGUGUCUUAUUCCUCUCUCGCUCUGACCAGCGCCACGCCAUUCGGAAUACGCGUUAUUAUGGUCAGUGCGGGUCUGUGCGCGCCAGUUCGCUUCACGGCUGCGCAGGCGCGUGCGCCUUUGUUCAGUCGCUACAUGAAUGCCAUGAGCGCCGCGUUCCUCCUGUUCACUAUCAGUCCAUGUCUCGCCAUGUCCUCUUCCUCCGCCAGCCGCCGCUUUCUGCCGCUUCCCUCCAUCCCCACCCCUCCAUCACUGGUGCACGCACGCACCCAUACGAACUGGACCGCUUUCAGUGCUUUGGAAGAGGUCGAACACACACACGCACACACAGACACAGACACACCUGCUUAUCUGUAUUCGCCGCACACGCGAACCGGCUUGUGUAGCCAUCCUAAUCACCAUCAGUGCCUCAUCCAUCACUCGCAGCUUAGUUGUGGUUCCCCACCAACCUCAAUUCCCUUCCCCAGCACCAUUGCUUGUCCUCCCUCACUCCAUCUUGUGCGCAUCAUCCAUCAUCGGCAGUGUCCAUCCCUCUCUCUCCUCACCCCCGGCACCGCCAUGGCGACCUCCACUAGCGUCUUUACCGAGUUUGCACGUGAGUGGGGUGGUCUCCUGGCAAAAGACUCAUCGGCGUCGAUGGAUCAUCUCUUCAGCGCAUACGCGAGGCUGAAAGAGGCGAAUGAAGUUGCUAGGAGCGGCAGCAGCAGCAGUGAGGGUAGCGGCGAGUCGCCGCUCGGCUCUCCUGUCGCGUCCAUUGAGGACUUCACCGACGUCUGGGCUGCAUCCAAGCGCGCGAACAAGGAGUGGGAGGCUACGUGCAUGGUGCGCAGCAUACGCCGUUCCAUCGGCGGCUCCGUUACCCAGACCCAGCUGAUGCUUUCCAUGCUCUGCUGGGCCGCCAUGCUGCGACAACAGGAGCAGAGAUUCUUCAAAGAGUUCCUUGCACAAGUACGCGAGAUAAUUCACCGUGCUGCUCUGCGCUGCACCGCCUCCGAUUAUGACGAGGGCUCAGAAUCGAUCUACGAGGAAGUUGCAUUUUGCGUCGCUCUCGAGCUCCUUGGGUGGCACGACAGCUUGCUGAUCUGCCACCAGCGUGCCAUGGCCUCUUCCCCACCUCUGCGCACCGAGGACGACGUCCUGCUCUUUACCCGAAAGGUAGCCCAAGAGCUCGUAUCGACCCUCAGUCCACGGCGAUACAGCACAGACAGCACGCCCGCCAUAAUCACCCGCUCGUCGGCGGCGAGCAGCACGCUGGAGCAUGAGCCGCCCGCGCCUACCGCCGUGGCCGAUACCAGGAGCGAAGCGAUGGCGGGAAACGGGGUUGUCGUCGUCUCAGGGAGGCGGUCGCCAUCCAAGGAGGGUGUACCAUCAUUGUUGCGGCGCCCUGGCGAGCACGCGCACGCGGUCGGACGAAGUGACACGGUCAUAUCCAUCGCAGUCCCCUUCCUCUCCCCCAGGAAUACCGUAGACACCCGAAAACCGCGGCAGAUAGCUUGCGACACGCUAAGCACGGGUGCGACUCCCUUGCCGACGCCCGCGAGUUCGCCGAUGAGAGAAUCGCCUGCACCAACCGUAGCUUCCACUCACCGCUCAUCCGCCGCCGUCGCAGCCGACUCUCCAUACAAGGAGUUCGAGAGAGCUCUGCGGGAGAUGUGUUCCCCUCUCACCCGCCCUUCUGCUUGUCAGGAGAAUCCGCCACACAAGAGGGAUGGCGCACGCAGCACGGCCGCGCCCUUAAGCAAAUUAUUACGCACCAAGCUGAAGAUGGGUAAAGAAGAUAAGGGUGGCGCUGUGCUUUAG